AUGGAGGAUCAAUCUCGAAGUACUUCCAGUGGUGCGAGAUCCGUUUCAGCUGCUGAAGACUACUCGUAUUCAUUUGAUGCUGUUUGUAGAGCUGAAUUAGAGAAUUUAUACGAUUUACUUUCAAAGAGAUUUAGUGCUCAAAUUUCAACUAUCCAAGAUGCCGAUAAAAUUAUUCAAAGCUUUGUAAACGAAUUCUAUAAUAUUAAGAAACAACUCGACGUUACUCUGAAAGACUGUCAGGAAAUGCAAGGAAGACUUGCAAAUCACGACAUUUCACAAGAAAACGAAAUCGCACUGCUCAAGAGAAAGCUCAAAAGAGUUAAAGCAUACAAAGAGGAAAUUGAAAAGAAAAAUAGUGAACUUGAUGCCGAAAAUAAACAAUUAAAAGAACAAAUUAAAACUACACAAGAAAAAUCAGACUCUGAUCAACUUAAAAUAGCAAGAAUUGAAUCUCAGCUUGAAUGUAUGAAGAAUAUGUUAGAGGCCACAUCAAAUGGUCCUCAGUCUUCUCAAUUUUCAGAUAACUUCCAGUUAUUAGAAGAACUUAUUGCAAAUCAAAGUGUUGAAAUCACAAGUUUGUUACAGCAGCGUGAUAGGUUAGUUAAUUCAGUUAAUAAUUUCAAUAAAUUAGUUGCUGAAUAUGAAACUCAAAUAUCUACCAUCAAGCAAGCUAAUAUAUCCCUUGAACAAUACAAAAAGAGUGCAAGUGAGCAAAUCUCUACUACAUCUCAAGUUCUGCCUACCCUAGCUCACGAAAUUGACCAAAUGUUACCUGACGAAGUAAGAGAUUCACUUGUUUGUGAUAACAAUACUACACCUCAUGAUUUUAUUACUUCAGCUUUCGAAGCUCUCGUCAAUUCUAAAAAAGAAGAAAAAGAAGUUAAAGUUGUUAAGCAAAUUCCAAGGGUUACAGAUGAAAAGUAUCUUACGAUACUCAGUAGGCUUGAAGAUGCAAUGUGUUUCAUUGCAGGAAACGAUUCAACUUCAAAAGAUCCAUUAACUCUCGAUGAUUCCCAAAAAACUAAGAUAUUUUCAUUCGUUCAGAGGAUUUCGAAGUUCAUUGAUGAGCAGAUGUUCUCAAUGAACGGUCAAGAAUUGUCCAAAUCAGAAUCAAUUUUUGAACCAAAGACAUUUGCAGAAGCAGAAAGUAGAUUCAAAGAAUUCCUGAGCACAGCAUCGAAAGAAGAGCUUGAAGAUGCGCCACUAAGGGAACUAUUUGUCUUAUUUAAUGGAGUUUGCGAAGUCAAUAAUUAUCUUGUUGCGAAGAACCAAGAGAUGAAGGAUACGGUUCAAUCAGCAGAAGGUCUAAAACUACAUAACCAAGAAUUGGCCAGACUUAACGCUGAAAACUACAAUCUUAGAGUUAAUCUCCAAGAUAAAGAGAAAAUGAUAUCAGAAAUCAAUGAAUCAAUACCAAAAGAUAUGAAAGAUGUUAAGUCUUUGGUAGAAUCCCUUACAAAAGAAAAAGAAAACACGAUUCAAUUAAAUAACCAAAAUAAGGAACUUGUAAAGCAGCUGGAAACGCUACAGAACGAGAAAGAAGUAGCACUCAAGGCGAACAAAAAAGUUUAUCAAGAGUUCGAGAAGAAGAUUUCAGAAAUUAAGAACGACAACCAGCAAAAACAAGAAACCGAGGCCGAAGAAGCACUCAAAAAGGCCAAUGAAUGUCUCAUGCAGCAGCUUGACAAGAUAAAGAGCGAUGGAGCCAAAGGAUUGAAAGCCGCAGUGAAAAAAAUGAAGAAAUUGCAGAGCGAAGUCAAUCAGCUCCAGCAGACAAUCGAACAGAUUCAUGGAGAAAACGAGCAAUUAAAGGAUGAAAAUGUCAAACUAGAGCAAAAAUCAGAUGAUUUCAGGCAAAAUCUUGAAAGUCAAAAUGAAUUUAUCGCAACCCAAACAAAAGAGCUCCAAAAACUCAAAGAGACUAAAGAUCUGCUUAAAGAAAAGAUCAAAUCUCUCAAUGACAGCCAUGAGAAGGAAUCACAGAAACUGAAAGAUGAAAAUUAUCAGAAGUUAAACGAGUUACGAAAGUCAUUAUCGACUUUGCAGAAUAACUAUGAGAUUGAGAAAGCCAAGAGCGAGCUCACAGAGAAGACCCUCGCCAAGCUCACUGAGCAGAAGAACGUUUUAGUCGAGCAAAACACGAAACUGAGAAUUUCUGAAAGAAGCCUGAAACUAAAAAUUUCACAAAUGAACGAAGCAGAAAACCUUCAAAAGGCAUCAUCGCAAGCCAGAGAGUUGUCAAUUAAAUCAUCUCUUGAAAAUGAAUGCAACAAGCAAAUUGCAGACAUCAAGUCUUCAAUCGAAGCUCCAAAGAAGCAUUUGAAGCAAAUUUUGGAAGAAAUCUUUGAAGUGAAAAUAGAAAAUGAAGAUGUUUCACUUGAAGAAUUGGUUUCUGAACUGAACAAGAAGCUCUUAACUGUUGAAGCCAGUAUCAGCUCGAUGAAAGACGUAAACCUCUUGAGAAGGAAACUAAGAUUGGAAAAAGACCAGAAAAUUUCGGACAUUUUCUCAGGAUUAGAACAAAAGAUUUCUGAGUUGAAUGGAGAAAUCAACGAUAUGAAAACAGAAAACAGUAAAUUGCAGGAAGAAAUGAAGUCCAAACAAGGUCUUCUAAACGAAAUGAAGUCGAAAUUAUCUUCCCUUUUCGACUGGAAUUCGUGGGCCAGAGCUGCAUACAUGCAAAUUGUGGCUGGAUCUGUCCCUCGUGUUUCUGAUAAAGAGAUCAGAGAGUCCCUUGACGACAUUCUAUUCGCCAACAUUUCAAAGCGAACAGAAGUAAUGAAGAGAGAUUUACUUAGAGAAGAAAAGAAGAUUUUGAAGAAAGUUCAAAUUUCUUGUUUGGAAUCUCCUGCAGUUGAUGCAGACAGUGUUAGACCAAUGAUUGUUUCUUUGGUCUUUGUAAGAAGAAUCAGAAGAUUGGCAAAUGAAAAUAGAUUCCUCAAGUCUGAAUAA